GCGGCCGGGCAGUCUGGAUGCAUGCAGGCUGCAAAACCCAGUCCCAGCUCGCUGGCACUUGAUACUGCGCCUUUGCUUUCUCGCGCUCGCGGACCCUCCUGGAGCCCGCCACCAUCCUGCCCACUACGUGCUGCCUUGCGCCCGCAGCCAUGUGCCGCACCCUGGCCGCCUUCCCCAACACCUGCCUGGAGAGAGCCAAAGAGUUCAAGACACGUCUGGGGAUCUUUCUUCACAAAUCAGAGCUGGGCUCCAGUACUGGGAGUAUUGGCAAAUUCGAGUGGAGCAGUAAACACGGCAAAGAGAAUAGAAACUUCUCAGAAGAUGUGCUGGGGUGGGGAGAGUCGUUUGACCUGUUGCUGAGCAGUAAAAGUGGAGUGGCUGCUUUCCACGCUUUCCUGAAGACCGAGUUCAGCGAAGAGAACCUGGAGUUCUGGCUAGCCUGUGAGGAGUUCAAGAAGAUCCGAUCGGCUACCAAGCUGGCCUCCAGGGCACACCGGAUCUUCGAGGAGUUCAUCUGCAGCGAGGCCCCUAAAGAGGUCAACAUUGACCAUGAGACCCGCGAGCUGACGAGGAUGAACCUGCAGGCCGCCACAGCCACAUGCUUUGACACGGCUCAGGGGAAGACACGUACCCUGAUGGAGAAGGACUCCUAUCCACGCUUCCUGAAGUCGCCCGCUUACCGGGACCUGGCUGCCCAAGCCUCAGCCGCCUCUGCCCCUCCGUCUAGCUGCAGCCUGGCCGAGCCCUCACACACCUGAGUCUCCAUUGGCACUGAGGAAGCCAGCCGGGAAGAGAGGUUGAGUCACCCAUCCCUGAGGUGGCUGCCCCUGUGUGGGAGGCAGGUUCUGCAAAGCAAGUGCAAGGGGACAAAAAGAAAAAAAAAAAAAAAAAAAAAAAAAGAAAAAAAAGCGCUCCAGCAGCCUGUUUGGAAAACAGCAGCCUCUCCUUCAGAUACCGGGGGACCCAUGCCAGAGAGGGGCCGCCACCUCCAGGACCUGUGAAUGAGGGUUCAUGAGGGCUGGUGGGGCUCUCUGUGGGAAAAGGUGGUACAGGGUUAGCACUGGCUCUCUUUCUCACCGGAGAAGGAAGCGCUCUGGCCUGGUUUAGGAAACUUGCAGAUAAAGGGAACCGUGAACAUGGGAGGGCGAAAGGCGCCCGGGUCAGCUGUUGUGCCUGUCGCUCAGCUGACUCUCAUCGCAUCCUGUUUUCCUGAGUCCCAGACUGUUCUGGGCAAGGGAGGGGCCCUGGGUGUGGAGCUUCCCCUUUGGCCCUCCUCACUGACUUCUCGGCUGGCCCAGGAUCCCUUAGCGUGUCCCUCCUAACACACCUGCGUGUCAGUCCGGCCUUGCGGUUAUAUCAGGGCCAGCACGCUGAUGUGACUCUGGCCCCGUAUGAGAUGUUUAUACCUCAAACACUGGCCUGCGAGCCCUUUCCAAGUCAGUGCAGAGCCCUGAAAGGAGGCUUCUUUGAAUCUGUCCCGGUGCUCUGGGUGGCCCCCUGCAGGUGGCCCCGACCCUGGGUUGCAGCAGGGGCCACCUGUGAGCAGGCCCUACGGGGCGGGGGUGGGGGGGUCUCUUGCUGGAUGUGCCCUCUCUGAGCUCUGGGCUGCCCUUGGAGGCGGGGCCCAGGCGAAGAGAGUGUGGAGCCCUCAGGGAGUGGCUUUUCCAGCUCUCAUGCCUCGCAGCGUGGACGGAGACAGAAAAGGAUCCUAGGAAACAAAUCUCUUGGCAGUCCCUGACAGUCCUGCUGAAAUCGAGCCGGUGUGUUUUGUGGGUAUGAGAACAGGCAAAAGGAGAGGCCCCUAGAUACAAGGGGAGCCUCGUGUUUCUUUCCUGUUGACAUGAGAUACACCAUACAAGUGGCAGCAGAGGUGGCACAGGACCACGGCGCCCUCGGACAGAGCGCAGAAGCUGCGGGGAGAGGCUGCUCGGAAGGGUGGGACCGUGGGGAGUCAGAACCUGCUUGUCGCCUCCGGGCAUCACCGAACAAACAUUUCAUGACGGGAACUCCUGCCGCAGAGCCCAGGAUCAUCAGCACUGUUCUCUCUGCACCCGAUCUCCCCCAGGAGAUUAUUUCAGUGUAUUGUCUCGUUGGUUUUGUGCGAUUGUCAUAGCAUAUUGUUUUUGUUAUUGUUGGUGCUGUUAUUUAUUAUUGUAAUUUCAGUUUGCCUCUACUGGAGAAUCUCAGCAGGGGCUGCAGCCUGACUGUCUCCCUCUCUCCACCAGACUCUACCUCUGAAUGUGCUGGGAACCUCGUGGAGCCUGUCAGGAACUCCUCAUUGUUAUUAAUUUAUUGUGACAAAUGGAGCUGGUUUCCUAGAUAUGAAUGAUGUUUGCAAUCCCCAUUUUCCUGUUUCAGCAUGUUAUAUUCUUCUACAAUAAAAACAAAAGUCAAAUAUGA